UCCGUUUUCUUGUUUACAUCCGGGUCACUCCGGUCAGUCAGUCAUCAGUGUAGUGUAACGGAUAAUGUUCUCUCUAUCCUCCACCGCGCACUGCUCACAGCAUCCGCCGUUCUCCGCCUCUAUCCUCACCGGAAAGCACCACUCUACCGCCACCUCCUCUGCAAUUCUGUCUUUCAAUUCCUCCUCCGGCGACCUCAGCCGGGCUACUGCACACAAGCCUCUGAAAACCUCCUCUUCUGAAAACUCCAAGCUCCUCCUCAACAAUUCCAUUACUUCCACUCCAACCCCUCCCGCUGUCGUCGCUCCACCACAAAAUGUCGAUACCAAGCUCUGCCUGUCCAGCGAACAGUCCCCGCCGGCAGCUCCUCAAGAUACAUCUUUAGGAGAAUAUGAGAAUGGUUCUUUGGGAAAUUUGGAAAAUUCAGACUCGGAUGAAAAGGAUACGGGAGGAGCUGAAUUUAGGGAAAAAGGAAAGAUCUUUGUAGGGAAUCUUCCAUUGUGGAUCAAGAAAAAUGAGCUUGCAGAGUUAUUCGGGCAAUUUGGGCCUAUUAAAGAUGUGAUUUUGAUUAGGGGUCACCAUGAAACUGACAGAAAUAUGGGGUUUGGGUUUGUGAUAUAUGGAGGGUCCAGUCCCGAGAAGUCGGCUAUCAAGGCAGUUCAGUUUGACGGAGUUGAGUUUCACGGGAGGGUGUUAACUGUGAAGUUGGAUGAUGGGAGGAGAAUAAUGAAAGAUAAGAAAAAGGGCAGAACGAGGUGGAUGGAAGGGAGCUCAAGUAGGAACUUCAGGAAGGUUUUGGAAUCGCAGCCAGAGAAUUGGCAUGCAGUGGUGCGUGCAUUUGAAAGAAUCAACAAGCCAUCCAGGAAGGAGUUUGGGAUGAUGGUGAACUAUUAUGGUAGGAGAGGAGACAAGCAUCGAGCCAGGGAAAUGUUUGAGAAGAUGCGCUCUAGGGGAAUAGUACCAACAUCUUACGAAUAUACCAAUCUGACUUAUGCUUACACAGUGAGUAGAGACAUGGAAGAAGCACUUACUUGUGUGAGGAAAAUGAAUGAUGAAGGAAUUGAAAUUAGUGUGGUAACUUAUAGUAUUAUUGUUGGUGGAUUUGCUAAGGUUGGCAAUGUUGAAGCUGCAGAGCACUGGUUUCUGGAGGCCAAAGAGAGGCAUGCAACCUUAAGUGCGAGCAUAUAUGGAAAUAUAAUCUAUGCAAACUGCCAAACUUGUAAUAUGGAUCGAGCCGAAGAGCUAUUGAGGGAGAUGGAAGAAGAGGGUAUUGCUGCUCCAAUUAGUAUAUUUCACACCAUGAUGGAUGGCUAUACAAUUACUCGAAAUGAAGAAAAAUGUCUUCUUAUGUUUGAUAGGCUUAAGGAGUGUGGCUUUACACCGUCAGUAAUCAGUUAUGGAUGUCUCAUUAAUAUCUAUACUAAGUCAGGAAAGAUUUCUAAAGCUUUGGAAGUCUGUGAAAUGAUGAAAUUCGAAGGCAUAAAGCAUAACAUGAAAACCUAUUCCAUGUUGAUCAAUGGGUUUAUUAAUUCGCGGGACUGGGCAAAUGCGGUUGCUAUCUUUGAAGAUGUGAUAAAGGAUGGUUUGAAGCCUGACCUCGUGCUUUAUAAUAAUAUCAUCGAAGCCUUCUGUGGCAUGGGCAAUAUGGAUCGUGCCAUUCGUGUAGUUGACGAAAUGAAAUCGCAGAAGUUUAGGCCUAGUUCACAAACAUUUAUGCCUAUCAUUCACGCUUUUUCAAAAGUUGGAGAAAUACGCAAAGCCCUUGAUAUUUUUGACAUGAUGAGGUGGAGCGGAUGCAUACCAACUGUCCACACGUAUAAUGCUAUAAUUCUUGGCCUCGUUGAAAAGCUUCAGAUGGAGAAGGCUGUGGAAAUUUUGGAUGAGAUGUUACUGGCCGGUGUUAGACCUAACAAGCAUACAUAUACUACAAUCAUGCAUGGUUAUGCAUCGGUUGGCGAUACUGAAAAAACAUUCGAGUAUUUCUCGAAACUUAAAAACGAGGGGCUGGAGCUCGAUGUGUAUACUUAUGGGGCACUACUCAAGGCAUGCUGUAAAUCGGGAAGGAUGCACAGCGCGUUGGCAGUGACAAGAGAAAUGAGCAUUCAAAACGUUCCUAGGAAUGCCUUCAUAUAUAACAUAUUAAUGGAUGGGUGGGCUCGAAGAGGUGAUGUGAUGGAGGCUACUGACCUGAUGCAACAAAUAAGGCAUGACGGGAUUCAGCCCGAUGUCCAUACAUACACAUCUUUAAUAAGCGCUUGUUGUAAAGCUGGAGAUAUGCAGAGAGCAACGAAAACAAUUGAAGAGAUGAAGUUGGUCGGAGUGCAACCCAACGUAAAAUCCUACACCACGCUCAUAAAUGGUUGGGCACGGGCAUCUCUCCCGGGGGAAGCUUUGAAAUGCUUCGGGGAAAUGAAACAAGCCAGGCUAAAGCCAGACAAAGCUGUAUACCAUUGCUUAAUGACCUCGCUGCUGUCAAGAGCCACAUUCAACGACAGUUACAUUUUAACAGCGAUCAAAUGCCUUUGUGGAGAGAUGGUGGAGGCCGGGUUGACGGUUGACAUGGGCACCGCUGUCCACUGGUACAGGUGCUCGCGCAAGAUCGAGAGGACUGGCGGGGACAUCACAGCGGCGCUGCGGAAGACUUUUCCGCGUGAUUGGAAUCCAGAUAAGCUUCCUAACACAGCUUCUUAUAUCAACGAUGAAGGUGAAGAUUUACACUAUUAUAAUGGUUAUGAUUAAUUGAUUAUUGUUUAGACUAAUUGAUUGGAUUCAGUCUUUUAGUGUGGUUUUAUCCAUGUGCAUUAUAGCUUAUAGUUGAGUGACUUUAACCCAAUCUUAGAUGUGAUGCAGCUCAAAUUUUUGACCGUAUCUAGAUUAGAGUUAGUUAGGCCUAAGCUCCAUGUAAGUUUAAAUUUUCUUAUUGCUUACAAGAAACACUAAACAUAUUUGUUGGGGAUAAUAUUGCCAAUACACGGCAUACGUAUAUAUGGAAAAUUCUACAA